GCCUUUGUUUACAGUAAACGGAAGUGAAAGGUGCUGCUAUCGGGUGUUCUGCUCUGAACGCAGCAUUUUAACGGCUACAAGUUAACUGUUCGCCCGUGACAGCAUCACACCGCAGCCAUGGUAGCCAUGGCCAAAAGGGUUAAAACCUUCCAGAUUACUUUUGCGGAUUCAGGCAAGUCUUUUUACUGCGGCGGGGAGAGGCUGUGUGGCCGCAUAGAGGUGGAGGUGAGCGAGGUGACCCGGGUGUCUGCCAUGAAGGUGCUGGCGCUGGGCUGCGCUAAGGUGGAGUACGCUAAGGGCAAGCAGCGGUGCCGCCAGGAGGCGGAGUACCUCCGCCAUGAGGAGCUGCUCCAGCUCACCGAGCAGCCUACAGACUCGGACGGAUCCGUUGUCUUACGACCUGGUAACAAAUACGAGUACAAGUUUGGAAUUGAUCUUCCUCAGCAAGGGCAGCUGGUGUCUUCAUACAAGGGGAAGUUCGGUUAUGUUCACUAUUAUGUGAAGGCCCUGAUGGAGAGGCCACAGCAGCCCACCCUGGAGUGCAAGAAGUGCUUCGAGGUGGAGGAACCUCUGGAUGUCAACACACCUGACCUGCUGUCCCCUGCAGGCGGCACUAAGGAGAAGAAGGUCACCAUCAUGUUCAUCCCUGACGGCCAGGUGUCGCUGAAUGCAAAAAUCGACCGGCGUGGAUUCUGCGAAGGCGAAGACAUCUGUAUCAAUGCAAAGUUUGAGAACACUUGCUCCAGGAUUGUGGUACCCAAGGCUGCCAUUAUUGCCAAACACAUCUACCAGGCCAACGGCCGCACCAAAGUCUUCCGACAGAAGCUGUCCGCCGUGCGUGGGAACCACAUUAUCUCAGGCAUGUGCGAUGCCUGGCAGGGAAAGACCAUCAGAGUGCCAAAGAUCAAACCAUCCAUUCUCGGCUGCAACAUCAUUCGUGUGGAGUAUGCGCUCAUGAUUUAUGUCCACAUUCCUGGUAGUGAGAAGCUGAUCCUGGAGCUGCCUCUGGUUAUCGGGACCGCUGGUCUCGGUAGCCGUAGCAGCAGCGUUAGUAGCCAAGAGGGUUCAUUCAGCAACGCGUCUCAGAGUUGGGUGUCCCUCAGGAUGUCCUCUCAGCCUCCCAGCUACUGUGACAUCACCAAAGACUGCCGCCUUGACCAGCCCCUCACGCCGCUGCUGGACGACGUCGACUGCGAUGACAGUCCCAUCUUCAUGACCUCGUCGGCCUUCCAGUUCCCGUCGCCUCCGGCAUAUUCCGAGGCGGAUGAGGAGUGCAACGGGAAUCCACGCAUGCUGCCUGUCUGCUGAAGCUCAUCUAUGGGAAUUCUAGAGCUUUAUUAAAGCUCUCAUGGACUCUUCUUGUAAGGCACUUAAAAAAGAGUGAGGUGCUCACAUCGGAGAAGAUGGGAUGGCGGAUGUAAAGCCAGAGAUGUAAAGAAAGAAAAGAAUUAUAGCCUUUCAAACGCUUCAUCACCUAUGCUGAUCCAAAGUCUUCCGUCUGGUGCUGAAAUGCCAGACCUGAGUACGCAGAUUCUGCGGCGCAGGACGUUUCUGCGAGGGCUGUCCCUCCCUUAGACUCUGAUUACGUAUCAGACGUGUUUGAUCCCAGCCUGCUGAAACACCUUUAAUCAUGAAUCAUUCCAAUCAAAUCCUGGGUUUUAGAUAGAAAUCAUAGGAGGUCACAGAUCUGUUCAUUACUGAGCAGAUCUUAACCGGGUGUAAAAGAACCUAAAACGGCGUUCUUAUUUCCAUAGAUACCAGUGUUUUAAGAGUAUCAUUUAUUCCUUAACUUGAGUCACUUUUCUUUGUUUUGUACCACUACUGCUGAAUUGACUUGUUUGUGUUUGUUUCAUAUGAAAAGCAGGAAUUUUUCCAGGGGAAGAAUCCACUCUGUUAAAGUAUAUCUGAUUUCCACUCAUCACUGCAAAGUUGCCAAAAGUGAUCAGAGCAGCAAAAACAUGUUCAGAUUUCUUUCUUCUUCAGCACCUUAAUGUGCAGUUAUCUAAGACGGCAUUUCACCGUAACAUCUGAUCUCUGCUUGUUUGACUUCUGAACUUUCAGGGCCCAAAAUCAGUUUUUUUUAUACUUGUAAUGCCUUGUCUGUACAUGAGUUAUUUUUGUAUGGAACCCUAUGGGUAAUUUUUUUGAUAAAUAAAGAAAAGAGAAGGGAAAAAA